AUGAAAAUCGGGAUAACGAGCUGUAUUGUAUGGAAUAUGUAUGGUCCAGCAGAAGCAACCAUAGAUUGUACAGUGCAUUGUAUCAACGUUACAAGUAGUAUACAGAGCAUUCCAAUUGGUAAACCACUUUCGAAUUAUCGAUGUAUGAUUUUAAAUGAAUACUUACAAUCAUCUACCACCGCUCAAGAAGGUGAACUGUUUGUGGGAGGAGCAGGUGUCUUUGCUGGUUAUCUUGAACGCGAUGAUUUGACUGCAAAAGCUCUUCUUGAAAUAGAUGGCGAACUAUUUUAUCGAACAGGUGAUCUUGUUAAAAUGGAUAACAAUGGUCUUCUCCAUUAUCAAGGAAGAAAAGAUCAUCAAAUCAAAUUACAUGGACAAAGAAUUGAACUAGGUGAAAUCGAACGAUGUUUACUUAACAUUACAUCCAUUUCUGCUUGUGUUGUCAUACAAUGGAAUGCUGAUUAUUUAGUUGCUUAUGUUCAAAGUUCUGAUAUUAAUGAACAGGAAUUGCGUGAACACUGUCAAUCUCAUCUUCCACCACAUAUGAUACCAUCCAUAUUUAUAAUACUUGAUAAACUACCCUUAAAUCCAAAUGGAAAAGUAGACCGAAAACUUCUUCCUUCACCAGAACUUUCUGUAUCGACUUUGUUAUCGUCCGAUAACUCUGAUACUCCUCUUAAUAAGUUCGAAGAACGUAUACACACUAUUUGGUGUCAAGUUCUUCUUUGUAAUGAAAAUCAUAUUUCUAGAACUACCAGUUUUUUUAGUGUCGGUGGUCAUUCACUGUUAUUUAUUCAACUUUAUCAUCAUUACCAAUCGGUAUUUAACUUUGAUUCUCAUAUACUUUCGAUUGCUCCAUUUCUUCAACAACCAACUAUAUGUCAACAUUCACAAUUACUUCAAACAGUUGUUAUGAAUAAUAUCAAGGUAACACAAUGGUAUACAUUACAUAUAAAUGAAGGUAUUGUCUCUUUUGCUCAAGAGCGUAUCUUUCUCGAUGAACAAGUUCGUUUUUCGAGUGAUAUUGCUAUCUAUAAUGAAUUGUUCACUUUACAAGUUGUUCAAGGAUUAUUAUCAUUCAGUCGUUUAUUGCAAGCAUUUCGAUAUGUUUUGAAUAAACAUAAAAUAUUGCGGACAUCUCUUAUUUUCAACAAUGAUAAUAAUAGUUUGAAGCAAUGCAUUACAGAUAUACAUAAAACAUUCACAAUAACUAUGAAUCAAACAUUUGAAAAUGAAAAUGAACUGCGAGACAUUAUUUACCAAACAACUAUUAAUCCCCAUCUCUUCGAUUUAUCAACUGGUCAUGUUUUUUAUACUGAAAUUGUGAGACAUGGAACAUCAUUGAAUGAAAAUGAUAACAAUAAAUUCAUAACCAGUUUUGAUGUUCUUCUCAUUGCUUUUCAUCACGCAGCAUUUGAUCGAUCAAGCCGUUCAAUAUUUUUCAAUGAUCUAUGUUUAGCUUAUAAUACUAAUGCAAUAUCAAUAGAAGAUGAUAACGAAUCGUUACAAUAUAUGGAUUAUAGUAUACAUGAACGUCUAAUUAAUAUGACAACAUCUCGUGAAUUUUGGUAUUUACAAUUAGAAGGAUACAAUUCGGAAUCUCGAUUAUCAUUACCAAUUGAUCGACAUCGUUCAUCUAAUGAUAAUCGAUCGAGUUCUGCUUCUGCCACUCAAAUCUCUUUUGACAACGAGAUUUCACAAUCAUUUCUUGAUUAUGCUUCUAUACAUCAUGUAACGCCAUUUCAGUUAGGUCUGAGCAUAUUAUAUGCUUUUCUUUUCAAGCUAACCUAUGGUGAAAAUGAUUUAUGUAUUUCUUGUCUUAACGCUAAUCGACACAAAACUGAACUACAAAAUAUAAUGGGAAUGUUUGUUUCAACAUUACCAUAUCGUAUUCAAAUUGAUCGUCAUUGGUCAUUUGAUGAACUUGUUAAAUAUGUACGAGAGGAAUGUUUAUCAAUUCUUGAACAUUCUCAUUAUCCACUUCAACAUAUUCUUGCGAAUUUACAUAUUAAUCAAUCAAAUAUUUCAUUUCUCGAAGCAGUGUAUGACUUCAUUACUUUAUCGUCACAAAGCGAUGAAUUAUCUUUGGAUGAUGCAAGUUUGAAACAAGUGUCAUUUAAACAAUCGUUUGAAGUGGCUAAGUUUGAUUUUAUGUUAAUGUUUGUCUAUAAUCCAGUAUUAGAAAAUAAUAGAUUAUCAUUUCGUUUAACUUGUUCACAUGAUCUGUUUGAUGAGAUAACAGUUACAAAUAUAGGUCGAAGAUUGGAAUACUGUUUUCAACAACUUUUUUCAUUAAAUGAAAAUACAAAUCUAACUGAUACAUGCUUUACAUCUGUAUCGAAAUUUCAUCUUAUUCUACCAGAAGAAACUCAAGAAAUGGAACAUAUUAUAUUUUGUCGGCAACGACAUAUCAUGAACGAAGCACCAACAUCAUUUGCACAAGCUCGUAUAUGGCUUGCCGAACGGAAUCGGUUCGAUCCAGACAAACCUCAAAUAGCAAUCUAUAAUAUGCCUUUUGUUUAUCGUGUCCAACCAGGUCAUAAUUUAUCGAUUAAACAACUUCGUCAUGCUCUACAGCUCACUGUUAACAAACAUCCAUUACUCCACACAUCACUUCAUUUUGAUACCGUUACGAAUCUACUUAUGCAACGAGUUAUUACUCAUGAAGAUAAACAUAAGCAUAACAUGUUUUCAAUAAUCGAAACUAUUUAUCAAACAGACGAACAACUUAAUCAGAUUUUACACGAUGAGAAACGUAAUCCUCAAAU